AUGGAAUUCAGUUGCCUUUGGCCUGCGCUGUCGGCGGUCGCACUGCAUUUUGGAACCCCAGGUCCCCGGCAUGAGAACGCUGAUCAGCAUUACCUUGGAGGCAAGCGAGCGGGGUCUGCCUGCGGUGUGCAGCUUCAGAGCUCCUGCAAUUAUUCCACCCGCAGGAACACCAUCUACAUGCGCCAUCAAAAACCGUGUCAUGUUUUUUUUCUUUGCGCCGGCAUUUCAGUACCAUACACGACAUUCUGCGGCCUGCUUGGUAUUGGCCUUUCAUAUGGCCACCGGACCGUUACCACUGCAUGCGCAGAACUGCAGAGCAAAGGUUUGCACAAAUACAUCGGUUGCCUCCUGCCACAAAUCCCGUGGCACGCAUCGAGAUAA